CUCACUCUCUCUACAGAGAUUCUGGAGGGAGGCGUCCAGAUCGUCCACAACAGGUUCCUGAGAUAUGGUCCCUGGGUGAACUGGGAUGAUAUUGUGAGGGACAGGGAUAGGGCCAAGGCUCCCAUUGACAUCCAGUUGAACGGCGAGAGAGGUCAGUGUCUGUCCGUUAGAAUAGGACAAGUUGUUAGAGCCUGAUCUGAUGUAUUUGAAAUAUUCAAAAAGAGAUCAGGAUUCCGGUUGAGAUUCCGAACUCUAGCUAGAGCAUGAACUUUGACCUCUUUGACCGCUGUUCCUGGGUGAGCCAUUGGCUGCUAUAUCUGACUGAUAAUGAUGUUCCAUGUCUGUAGGGCCUUGUCACCCCUCCUGUGGGGAGAACUGCUGGGGGCCUGGUGAAGAACACUGCCAGAUCUGUAAGUUGAUUUCUGCCUCUAAAUGUCUCUGGAUGGUCGUUCUCAAAUCUCUCUUUCGGUCACUUAUUCUAUCUCUCUCUCUUCUCUAUCAAUCCCUUACUCUAUUUCCAGCUCGCUCACUCACACUCUCUACUUUCUUCCCACCUCUCUCUCUUUGUGGUUUGUGACAUGUUGUUGGCCAUAAACAUCCCCUCACUAAUCCUCCUCUGUCCCCCUCAGUGACUAAGACAGUGUGCGCUCCUCAGUGUAACGGCCGUUGUUUCGGGACCAGCCCCAGGGACUGCUGUCACAUAGAGUGUGCAGGGGGCUGCUAUGGACCUCAGGAUAUGGAUUGCUUUGUGAGUGAUGAGUACUGCCUCUCUAUCUCUGUUUCUCACUAUCUCUCUCUCUCUCUCUCUCUCUCUCUCUCUCUCCAGGAAACCUGCUCAUUAGCUAAUGAAUAGUAAUUGAACAGCUAGUUGUAGCUAUUUUGAGUAUAUUUGAGUAAACAGCCUUAGGUGAUGGAGAAUUCCUUUUAAGCCUAAAAAGAUUGAUACAGUAAAGCAGUUUGUGAUUCAUUCCUGUAUAUGUGUUUGUGUGUGUGCGCACGCAUGUGUAUGUGCAUGUGUGUUUGUGUGUGCGUGUGUUUCUACCUCCCUACUCUCAGGCGUGCGGUCACUUCAACGACUCCGGGUCCUGUGUGCCCCAGUGUCCCCAGACUCUGAUCUACAACAAACAGACGUUUCAGAUGGAGACGAACCCUAAUGCCAAGUAUCAGUACGGAUCCAUCUGUGUCUCCCACUGCCCCAGUGAGUACCCUCCCUGUGUGUGUGUGUGUACAGUGGCUUGCGAAAGUAUUCACUCCCCUUGGCAUUUUUCCUAUUUUGUUGCCUUACAACCUGGAAUUAAAAUUGAUUUUUUGGGGGUUUGUAUCAUUUGAUUUACACAACAAGCAUACUACUUUGAAGAUGCUAAAAUAUUUUUUCUUGUGAAACAAACAAGAAAUAAGAAAAAAAAACAGAACUUGAGCGCGCAUAACUAUUCACCCCCCCAAAGUCAAUACUUUGUAGAGCCAUCUUUUGCAGCAAUUACAGCUGCAAGUCUCUUGGGGUAUGUCUCUAUAAGCUUGGAACAUCUAGCCACUGGAAUCUUUGCCCAUUCUUCAAGACAAAACUGCUCCAGCUCCUUCAAGUUGGAUGGGUUCCGCUGGUGUACAGCAAUCUUUAAGUCAUACCACAGAUUCUCAAUUGGAUUGAGGUCUGGGCUUUGACUAGGCCAUUCCAAGACAUUUUAAAUGUUUUCCCUUAAACCACUCAAGUGUUGCUUUAGCAGUAUGCUUAGGGUCAUUGUCCUGAUGGAAGGUGAACCUCCGUCCCAGUCUCAAAUCUCUGGAAGACUGAAACAGGUUUCCCUCAAGAAUUUCCCUGUAUUUAGCGCUAUCCAUCAUUCCUUCAAUUCUGACCAGUUUCCCAGUCCCUGCCGAUGAAAAACAUCCCCACAGCAUGAUGCUGCCACCACCAUGCUUCACUGUGGGGAUGGUGUUCUCAGGGUGAUGAGAGGUGUUGGGUUUGCGCCAGACAUAGUGUUUUCCUUGAUAGCCAAAAAGCUCAAUUUUAGUCUCAUCUGACCAGAGUACCUUCUUCCAUAUGUUUGGGGAGUCUCCCACAUGCCUUUUGGUGAACACCAAAUGUGUUUGCUUAUUUUGUUCUUUAAGCAAUGGCUUUUUUCUGGCCACUCUUCCCUAAAGCCCAGCUCUGUGGAGUGUACGGCUUAAAGUGGUCCUAUUGUCCAUAGGACCACUUUAAGCCGUACACUCCACAGAGCUGGGCUUUAGGGAAGAGUGGCCAGAAAAAAGCCAUUGCUUAAAGAACAAAAUAAGCAAACACAUUUGGUGAAGCAUGGUGGUGGCAGCAUCAUGCUGUGGGGAUGUUUUUCAUGAUACUCCAAUCUCUGCUGUGGAGCUUUGCAGCUCCUUCAGGGUUAUCUUUGGUCUCUUUGUUGCCUCUCUGAUUAAUGCCCUCCUUGCCUGAUCUGUGAGUUUUGGUGGGCGGCCCUCUCUUGGCAGGUUUGUUGUGGGGCCAUAUUCUUUCCAUUUUUUAAUAAUUGAUUUAAUGGUGUUCCGUGGGAUGUUCAAAGUUUCUAAUAAAAAAAUUAUAACCCAACCCUGAUCUGUACUUCUCCACAACUUUGUCCCUGACCUGUUUGGAGAGCUCCUCUGUCUUCAUGGUGCCGCUUGCUUGGUGGUGCCCCUUGCUUAGUGGUGUUGCAGACUCUGGGGCCUUUCAGAACAGGUGUAUAUAUACUGAGAUCAUGUGACAGAUCAUGUGACACUUAGAUUGCACACAGGUGGACUUUAUUUACCUAAUUAUGUGACUUCUGAAGGUAAUUGGUUGCACCAGAUCUUAUUUAGGGGCUUCAUAGCAAAGGGGGUGAAUACAUAUGCACGCACCACUUUUCUGUUAUUUAUUUUUUAGAAUUUCUUGAAACAAGUUAUUUUUUUCACCAAUUUGGACUAUUUUGUGUAUGUCCAUUACAUUUAAUCCAAAUAAAAAUCAAUUUAAAUGUCAGGUUGUAAUGCAACAAAAUAGGAAAAAUGCGAAGGGGGAUGAAUACUUUUGCAAGGCACUGUAUAGUUUUUUGUGUGCUCUAGGACAACGGUGUCUAGAUGGAAUUUGUAUUCGUGGUCCUGGCAACUGGACCUUUUUUGGAACACCAUAUACUUUUGCAAGGCACUGUAUUCCAUUGAUAUUAUAAUAUUCUUCCUUUUGAUUUCUGUAUCUCUUAUCUCCCUUCCUACUUCCCCCUUCUCUCUCUCUCCCCUUCUCCCCGCCGCUCUCCUCUCUCUCCCAUCUCUCCCACCUCUCCCCCGUCUCUUCCCUCUCUCCCCCUUCCUCCUCUCUCCUCCCCAACCUCUCUCCUCUCUCCUCGUGCUCCUCCCCUUCUCUCCCUCUCCCUCUCCUCUCUCCCACCGUCUCUCCCUCUCUCCUCCCCCUCCUUCCUCAAUCUCGCCCCCCUCUCUCCUCCUCUUUCCUCCGCUCUCCUCUCUCGUCUCCCCUUCUCUCCGUCUCCCCUUCAUCCCCCUCUCUCUCCCCCCCCUUCCUCCUCUCUCUUCCCCCUCUCUCCUCUCUCUCUCCACCCUCUCUCCUCUCUCCUCUCUCCCCCUUCUCCCCCCUCUCUCUCUCCCCCUUCUCCCCCUCUCUCCUCUCCCUCUCUCCCCUCCUCUCUCCCAUCUCUCUCCCCCUUUCUCCUCUCUCUCUCUCUCCCCCCUUCUCCCCUCUCUCUCUCCCCCCUCUCUCUCUCUCCCCCCUUCUCCUCCUCUCUCUCUCCACCCCUUCCUCUCUCUUCUCUCCCCCCUUCUCUCCUCUCUCUCUCCCAUCUCUCUCCUACCUCUCUCCCACCUCUCUCCUCUCUCUCUCUCCCCCCUCUCUCCUCUCUCUCUCCCCUCUCUCCUCUCUCUCCUCUCUCUCUCCCCCUUCUCCCCUCUCUCUCUCCCCCCCUUCUCUCUCUCCCCCCUUCUCUCUCUCCCCUUUCUCUCUCUCUCUCUCCCCCUUCUCAUCCUCUCGUCUCCUCCCCCUUCUCUCUCCUCCUCCCUCUCUCCUCUCUCUCUCCCCUCUCUCUCUCCCCCAUGCAGCCCACUUUGUGGUGGAUGGCAGCUCCUGUGUGAGCGGCUGUCCUCCAGACAAGAAGGAGGUGGAGAGGAGUGGUCAGAGGCAGUGUGAGCUUUGUGGAGGACUGUGCCCUAAAGGUAAAUCCACCAGUCAAUUACACACACCAUGACUCCAUUCACUUUCAAUGGCUAUUGACAUACUGCUGCUAGAUUAUGCUGGUAGUUUGUGCAAGGAUUGCAUGUGGUUAUUUCUAUUGUUUAUGGUAUAUUGAUACAAUACAGAAUGCUCAAUGAAACACGUAUGCACUGCGGGUCUUUGGGGUUAUGGUAUUGAAGCAUGGGUUAAUUACGAAGAUCCAUGAUAACAGUUUGCCCAUGACUAAAGAGGAGAAUAUCUCUCCCUGUUUCAUAAUCUAGCCUGUGAGGGCACAGGUCCUGAGCACAGACAGACGGUGGACUCCAGUAACAUCGACAGCUUCAUCAACUGCACCAAGAUACAAGGCAGCCUGCACUUCCUGGUCACAGGGAUUCUUGGGUAAGUGAGUUUAUUAAACACAGACCAUUGGAGUUACACUGAUUGUUUCAUUGGUCCUCAUCAUUAGUAUAUGUGUGUACUGUGUAUAAAGUAGAACUGCUCUGUGUUUUUCAGUGAUGACUAUAAGAAAAUCCCACCUCUGGACCCUAAGAAGCUGGAGGUCUUCCGCUCUGUCCAGGAGAUAACAGGUAGGUGUAUGUGUGUGUUUGUGCGUGCAUGUGUGUGUUAUCUAGGUGCAUAUAUUUGCAUACAUAUAAACUAAGGUUGCUUGACCAUUGUAUGUGUCUUUGCUGUACAGAUAUCCUAGACAUCCAGUCGUGGCCUAAAGAACUGUCAGAUCUUUCAGUGUUCUCCAAUCUUACCACCAUACAGGGAAGAUCUCUUCACAAGUAAGGCUGUGUGUGUGUGUGUGUGUUUGUGUGCUUGCAUGCGUGUUUGCGUGCAUGCUUAUGUAUGCGUGUGCACGUGUGAUUGUAUGUGUGUGUCAGAGGAGACUGGUGGGAGGAGCUAUAGGAGGACGGGCUCAUUGUAAUGGCUGGAAUGGUAUCAAACACAUAAAACAUAUGGAAACCACGUUUGACUCCGUUCCAUUGAUUCCAUUCCAGCCAUUACAAUGAGCCCUUCCUCCUAUAGCUCCUCCCACCAUUCUCCACUGGUGUGUGUGUGUGUGAGAAAGUCCAUAUUUCUAUAUAACUCAAACCUCAUGAUGUUUUGACAUAUAACCCGAUCAUAUCAUUUGAUCCACACAUGUCAUUUAAUUCUCUCCUCUGUUUGCUUUAAUAAUACCAGAAGCUGCUUUUUGUGUCAACAGCCCCCUGUCAUGCAUGUCACUGGUGUAUGUAAUCCCUCUAUCUCUCUCUUUGUGUCUCACCCUCCUGUCCCCUCUGCUCCCGAUGUCCCUCUCCAGCGCAAAGAGGUAUGGCCUGCGCUGUGUACCUUUUUAAACCAAAGCAUAGCCUUAAGGCUGUCUAAUACAGAUAGUUUGUGACUGUGAUGCUGUGAUAUCUUAAUAUACUAGCUAUUGCCAGUUUGUUUCUACAAAUAAAGUAAUAUUUCAUUGAAUUGUUGUUUCCUUUUGCGGUUUAGGAUGCUCUUCAAAAGUGUUAAUUUGAUGAUAUUAGAGAUCGUUUUACUUAUUUUACCAUUACCAAUCUCAAACGUUUAUUUUCUCCUCUCCUCCAGGCGUUUCUCUCUGAUGAUCAUGCGUGUUCCAUCCAUCACCUCUCUGGGUCUGCGUUCCCUGAGAGAGAUCAGUGACGGCAACGUGUAUCUCACCCAUAACGCCAACCUGUGUUACCACCACACAGUCAACUGGACACGCCUGUUCACCGGGCACGCCACACACCUCAACGACAUCAAAGACAACAGGCCUCUGAGAGAGUGUGGUGAGGCUGGGCUUCAAAAUGGCAUGAGAGAGGCAUCUCAGCUACUGGCUGUUUUAAUCUUGCAGGGCCGUAUGCUGACCUGAGAUCUGCACGCUGAAUUCCAAUUUUCCGAUGACGUCAAUUAUGAUUGAAGUGAAAGUCAGAGUUGCACAUACUCUGAAUAAGGCCUGCAGUUAGCAUACAACAUGAGAAACUGCUGUUUAGCAGUUAAUUUAACCAUAAUCUGACAAUAAUCAUUUUACGGUCUGUCCUGUGUUAGCAGUUCUGUGACGUUCAUGUGUUGAUGUAUGUUGUUUACAGUUGAGGAGGGCCACGUGUGUGACCCGCUGUGUUCAGACUCAGGCUGCUGGGGCCCGGGGCCCAGCCAGUGUCUCUCCUGCAGGAACCACAGCCGAGACUCUACCUGUGUGGCACACUGCAACUUCUACACAGGGUCAGUGGGACUGAGAGAGAGAGAGACAGAGUUAGAGGGGAUAGGUGGCUGGCUUUGGUGGGUUUGUGUGUGUUUGGGAGUCUGCUGUGUGUUUAACCAUCACUCUGUUGUGUCUCUCUUACCCACCAGUCAGCCUAGGGAGUUUGCAGGGUCUAAGGGGGAGUGUGUCGUCUGUCAUCCAGAGUGUCAGCCACAGGAAGGGAGGGGCAGCUGUACUGGACCGGUACACACACCAUUUUUCUCACUAUCGUUCUCUUCCUCUUUCUUUCUUUCUCUCUCAAAUUCAGAUUGCUUUAUUGGCAUGAGAAACAUUGUGUAAAUAUUACCAAAGCAUCAAUGUAUACAAUAUACCAGGGUUCUUCAAUUCCGGUCCCGGAGGGCCGAAACACCUCUGUUUUUCAUCCUCUCCUUCUAAUCAGGGGCUAAUUCAGACCUGGGACACCAGGUGAGCGCAAUUAACUACCAGGUAGAAAUAAAAAACAGAAGUGUUUCGGCCCUCCAGGACCGGAAUUGAAGAACCCUGCAAUAUACAAUAUACACAUUGGCCAGUUUAUUAGAUACACCCAUCUAGUACUGGGUCGGACACCCCUUUGCCUCGGGGCAUGGAUUCUACAAGGUGUGGUGUUCAAACGUUACUCAAUUGGUAUCAGAGGGACCUAACGUGUGCCAGGAAAACAUUCCCCACACCAUUACCACCAGCCUGUACCGUUGACACCAGGUAGGAUGGGGCCAUGGACUCAUGCUGCUUAUGCCAAAUCCUGACUCUGCCAUCAGCAUGAUGCAACAGGAACCAGGAUUCAAUGUUUUUCCACUCCUCAGUUGUCCAGUGUUGGUGAUCGCGUGAUCGCUCUUAUCCAGAAGCAAUUAGGGUUAAGUGCCUUGCUCAAGGGCACAUCGACAGAUUUUUCACCUAGUCGGCUUGGGGAUUAGAACCAGCGACCUUUCAGUUACUGGCACAACGCUCUUAACCACUAAGCUACCUGCCGCCCAUCCGUGACAAGGAGUUGUGUGUUCCGAGAUGCCGUUCUGCACACCACUGUUGUACUGCGCCGUUAUUUGUCUGUUUGUGGCCCGCCUGUUAGCUUGCACAAUUCUUACCAUUCUCCUUCAACCUCUCUCAUCAACGAGCUGUUUUCGGCCACAGGACUGCCGCUGACUGGAUGUUUUUUAUUUGUCGCACCAUUCUCUGUAAACCCUAGACACUGUCAUGCGUGAAAAGCCCAGGAGAUCGGCCGUUUAUGAGAUACUGGAUCAGACGCGCCAGGCACCGACGAUCAUACCACGCUCAAAGUCGCUUAGGUCACUCGUUUUGCCUAUGCUAACGUUUAAUCAAACAGUAACUGAAUGCCUCGAUGCCUGUCUGCCUCCUUUAAAUAGCAAGCCAUGGCCACGUGACUCACUGUCUGUAGGAGCGAACCAUUUUCGUGAAUGUGGUGGUGUACCUAAUAAACAUUGUGAUGAGAAAUUCCUAAAAUAGUACAUAAUAAUCUAAUAAAAUAGUAAUAUUUAUAUUUAUUGAAAUAACAACAAUAGAAUGACAACAGUGGAUAGUAAUAGAAAAAUAAUGGGGGCAAUAAGAAACAGAUCGAGAAGAAAAAAGGAGAGAAGGAGAGAGAAAACAGGAGAGAGAGAGAGAGAGAGAAAAAGGAGAGAAGAGAGAGAGAGAAAAAGGAGAGAAGAGAGAGAGAAAAAGGAGCAGAGAACCGGAGAAAAGAGAGAGAAAAAAGAGAGAGAGAGAAAAAGGAGAGAAGAAGAGAGAAAAAGGAGAGAAGAGAGAGAGAGAAAAAGGAGAGAAGAGAGAAGAGAAAAGAGGAGAAGAAAAAGAGGAGAAAAGAGAGAGAAAAAAAAGGAGAAGAAGAGGAAAAAGGAGAGAAAAAAACGAUAGGGAAUCCGAGAUAGAGAGAUGAGCUAGUCGUAUAGAUCCGAUACAAGAUAGCAAAUCUCUUCUCGCUUCUCUCAUCGAUUUUCCUUGUCUAGCUCUCUCUCUCUCUCUCUCUAUCUCGUCUCUCUCUACUUUCUUAUCUCUCUCUCUCUCUCUCUCUCUCCUCUCUCUCUCUCUCUCUCUCUCUCUCUCUCUCUCUCUCUCUUCUCUUCUCUCUCUCUCUCUCUCUCUCUCUCUCAAUCUCCCUAGCAACUAACCCUCACUGCUACCUUCACCUAUACAGUCUAUAAGUGAAAGGAUAGAAAGGGUUAUGGCUGGGAUCUAAUACUUUUACACUGUUCUUGGCUUUUAAUUCUCUCAUUCCUCAGAUGAUUUGGUGUAUGACUCAUUUUAUUACGGUAGUAGUGACCUCCGUCAUGAAGCAUGUCCUCCCACACUGUUUUCACAGUAGUUUCACAGUGUGUUUUCUGUGAUCUUUCUGUUGCUUAGCACAUACUGUUCUGAGAACUAAAACACUAUCCUCUUAGGUGAUAGGCAUUUGUUUGCUUUUGGCUUAUCAGUAUUUCUCAAUAAUCGUAUGUGGCAUUGUAUUUGAAAUCUAAAUGGUGAUGAUUCAUUUGGUAGUUAACCCACACACACCUUUCCACAUCACAUACCCUGUGCAUGACAUCAUGUACCGCAAGAUAAUGGGAAUAAUGCCAGGCCAAACAGGGUGGACUAGUAUAUUGCCCAAGCUGCAGUAUAUUGCCCAUUAGAUAUCACAUCAACAUCAGAUUAUAUUUCUUAUCAUACAGGAACACAUUUGCAGAAAGAGUGCCGUAAUGUUUCACUCUUCAUCAAUAUAGUGGCUUAUAUGCCCUCUUUUCUGACAUUGGUAACUGAUUUCUCUCUUUCUCCCUCCCUCCCCCCUCUCUCUGUCUCUCUCUUUCCCUCACCCACCUGUCUCUCUUUCCUUCUUUCUCCCUCUCUCUUCUCUUUCUCUCUCUCCCCCCCUCUCCCAGGGGUCUGAAGAGUGUGUGGUGUGUGCCAGUCUGAGAGACGGUCCUCACUGUGUGCCCUCCUGCCCCAGUGGGGUGAAUGGAGAGAACGGGCAGUUCAUCUUCAAAUACCCCAACAAGGACAACUACUGUGAGCCCUGCCAUGUCAACUGCACACAGGGGUGGGUGGGUGUAUGUGUGUGUGUGUGUGUGUGUGUGUGUGCGUGCGUGCGUGCGUGUGCUGCAGAGUAAAGCUGUGCCUCUUGUUGCAGGUGUUCGGGUCCAGGAUUGAGUGACUGUAUAGACAACACUAGACACUCCACUAGGUGAGUGUCUCCCCCUGCUGGUGUUUAUAUGAACACACACACCCACACUCAAACAAAUCAAAUCAAAUUAUAUUGGUCACAUGCACCGAAUACAACAGGUGUAGACUUUACAGUGAAAUGCUUACUUACGAGCCCUUUCCCAACAGUGCAGAGUUAAAAAGUAUGACAAAUCUUUGCUAAAUAACACAAUAAAAACAAUAAUGAGGCUAUAUACAAGGAGUACCAGUACCGGGUCAAUGUGCAGGGGUACAAGGUAGUUGAGGUAAUUGAGGUAAUACAGUAUGUACAUGUGGGUAGGGGUAAAAGUGACUAGGCAUUCAGGAUAUAUAAUAAGCAGAGUAGCAGCAGCGUACAGUUGAAGUCAGAAGUUUACAUACACCUUAGCCAAUUACAUUUAAACUCAGUUUUUCACAAUUCCUGACAUUUAUUCCUAGUAGAAACUCCCUGUCUUAGGUCAGUUAGGCUCACAACUUUAUUUUAAGAAUGUGAAAUGUCAGAAUAAUAGUAGAGUGAUUUAUUUCAGCUUUUAUUUCUUUCAUCACAUUCCCAGUGGGUCAGAAGUUUACAUACACUCAAUUAGUAUUUGGUAGCAUUGCCUUUCAAUUGUUUAACUUGGGUCAAACGUUUCGGGUAGCCUUCCACAAGCUUCCCACAAUAAGUUGGGUGAAUUUUGGCCCAUUCCUCCUGACAGAGCUGGUGUAACUGAGUCAGGUUUGUAGGCCUCCUUGCUUGCACACGCGUUUUCAGUUCUGCCCACAACUUUCUAUAGGGUUGAGGUUAGGGCUUUGUGAUGGCCACUCCAAUACCUUGACUUUGUUGUCCUUAAGCCAUUUUGCCACAACGUUGGAAGUAUGCUUGGGGUCAUUGUCCAUUUGGAAGACCCAUUUGCGACCAAGCUUUAACUUCCUGACUGAUGUCUUGAGAUGUUGCUUCAAUAUAUCCACAUAAUUUUCCUUCCUCAUGAAGCCAUCUAUUUUGUGAAGUGCACCAGUCCCUGCUGCAGCAAAGCACCCCCACAGCAUGAUGCUGCCACCCCCCGUGCUUCACGGUUGGGAUGGUGUUCCUUUUUCCUCCAAACGUAACGAUGGUCAUUAUGGCCAAACAGUUCUAUUUUUGUUUCAUCAGACCAGAGGACAUUUCUCCAAAAAGUACUAUAUUUGUCCCCAUGUGCAAUUGCAAACCGUAGACUGGCUAUUUUAUGGCGGUUUUGGAGCAGUGGCUUCUUUCUUGCUGAGCGGCCUUUCAGGUUAUGCCGAUAUAGGACUCGUUUUACUUGGGAUAUAGAUACUUUUGUACCUGUUUCCUCCAGCAUCUUCGCAAGGUCCUUUGCUGUUGUUCUGGGAUUGAUUCGCAUUUUUCGCCCCAAAGUACGUUCAUCUCUAGGAGACAGAACGCGUCUCCUUCCUGAACGGUAUGACGGCUGCGUGGUCCCAUGGUGUUCAUACUUCCGUACUAUUGUUUGUACAGAUGAACGUUGUACCUUCAGGCGUUUGGAAAUUGCUCCCAAUGAUGAACCAGACUGAGGUCUUGGCUGAUUUCUUUUGAUUUUCCCAUGAUGUCAAGCAAAGAGGCACUGAGUUUGAAGGUAGGCCUUGAAAUACAUCCACAGGUACACCUCCAAUUGACUCAAAUAAUGUAAAUUAGCCUAUUUUAAAAGCCAUGACAUCAUUUUCUGGAAUUUUCCAAGCUGUUUAAAGACACAGUCAACUUAAUGUAUGUAAACCUCUGACCCACUGGAAUUGUAAUACAGUGAAAUAAUCUGUCUGUAAACAAUUGUUGGAAAAAUGACUUGUGUCAUACACAAAGUAGAUGUUCUAACCGACUUCCCAAAACUAUAGUUUGUUAACAAGAAAUUUGUGGAGUGGUUGAAAAACAAGUUUUAAUGACUCCAACCUAAGUGUAUGUAAACUUCCAACUUCAACUGUAUAUUUAGUAUAGGUUUAUUUAAAAAGGAUAACUUUUUUAAUGUUUCACUAUUUUAGAUUUUAUGAAAUUCACUGAGGAGGAUGGUCCUCCCCUUCCUCCUCUGAGGAGCCUCCACUGCUGAAAACCCUAUUGACACUUCAACUGUGUGUGUGUGUGUGUGUGUGUGUGUGUGUGUGUGUGUGUGUGUGUGUGUGUGUGUGUGUGUAGAGUCUAGUGAGCAAAACAAUUACGAUAAAGAAAUAAAUACCAAUUUUUCUCCUGUAGCCCUCAGAUCACAGGGAUAGCGUUGGGAGUGCCGGCUGCCCUCAUAGUCUGCCUGGCAUUGUUUGUGUUGGGCAUGCUGUACCACCGUGGCCUGGCCAUCCACAGGAAGAGAGCCAUGAGGAGGUACCUGGAGAGUGGAGAGGUGAACUCCUUAGGGAAAUACAGCAACUUAACUGACAGUCAUUUCUGCAGAACUGAGGGAAAUAUUGGAUGUACAGUAUCAGGAAGUCUAAUAUAGACCUAUUGUAUCCAAUGCACUUGUGCAUUCAUGUAAUGUGAACUAGUGUGUUUGUGUGCUAAUGUACUUGUGUGUGUGUGUGUGUGUGUGUGUGUGUGUGGCCAGAGUUUUGAGCCGCUGGGGCCAGGAGAGAAGGGAGCCAAGGUUCAUGCCCGGAUCCUGAGGGCCCCAGAGCUGAAAAAGAUCAAAGUCCUGGGCUCUGGAGUGUUUGGCACCGUACACAAAGGCCUGUGGAUCCCUGAGGGAGACUCCGUGAAGAUUCCUGUAGCCAUUAAGACCAUCCAGGACCGCACAGGCAGACAGACCUUCACUGAGAUCACUGAUGUAAGAACCACACACUCUUAACACACCGAUACUGAGUAACUAUACUAACCUCUAGACAGAAUACACUAGAAUCCCUUGUCACCAGAUCUGUUUGUGUAGCGCAGGUGGGUUUUAUUGAAGAGUAACCUUGCCUGAGACCUAAAUACUUGCGUUAGGUCCCUGAGCUAAUGCCUGGGCUUUAGCUUGGUGAGCUUACACAGUCUUGUGGCACUGUCUGAUUCCCUCUCUCUCACUCUGUGUGUCCGCCUGUGCAGCACAUGUUGUCCAUGGGCAGUCUGGACCACCCCUACAUCGUCAGGCUCUUAGGUGUCUGCCCAGGUGCCAGUCUCCAGCUGGUCACCCAGCUCAGCAGCCAGGGGUCCUUACUGGAGCACAUCAGGCAACACAAAGACAUCCUGGACCCACAGAGACUGCUCAACUGGUGUGUGCAGAUAGCUAAGGUAAGGUCACAGGGUCACGAUCAAUAAACAGUAGAACCCUUUUUGGUUCCAGGUCCUGUUCACCUCAAAGAACCCUUAAUCAACCCCUUUAAAAACGUUCUACCUGGAACCAAAAAGGUUUUUCUUACUAUGGUACAGCAGAGAAAAAAACUAUAUAAUGAAAUCUUUGUGUGUCUUCUCUUCAGGGCAUGUACUACCUAGAGGAGCACUGUAUGGUCCACAGGAACCUGGCUGCGAGGAACGUGAUGCUGAAAAGUGAUUACUUUGUCCAGAUUUCUGACUAUGGUGUGGCUGACCUGCUCUAUCCUGAUGACAAGAAAUAUGUCUACAGUGACAGUAACAAGGUAAUCAGGAUUCAGGACUCAUGAAUCCUGAAUUCACUGCUUCAUUCACCUUAAUUAAUCUAUCAAGAUAUAAUAUUUCACAAGUUGUUGUCCAAUAUAACAGACAAAAUGAGCUUCCGUUUCUGUUUCUAUAGCUAGGUUUCCAUCCAAUUGGCGACAGAUGUUCAUGCAAAUAUUCUAUAAUUCGCAUUAAGAAAAUAUGAAAAUUUUCCCACAAGUGGUCUGUUUCCACCAAACGGACUUGUUGCGGGAAAAAAAUCAGUGCGUGAUGACGUAGUGCACACAAAAUGUACUUUUUCGCUUACAUUUUCAUGUACCAAAUAAAAAUCUGAAGUACAAUGUGUUUCCAUCGCAUUUUCAACUCUACCGACAGUUUUGUCACAAAAACGGUUGCGUUAAAUAGCAAAUGUGCUUACUCUGGUCUUGGCAUGUGGGCUCUAGCUGUAGCUGGCAGAUACAGUGUGGGUAGGCUGUGCUGGUAGGCUAGUCUACAUGAUGAGAUUAUUAUGGAUAACGGCGAGAAUAUUUGUAUUUGUCAAACGGCAGCCAAGCGUCGAUCAUCAUGUCACCACUAUAAGACCCUCGAUAUUUAUUGGAAAGGAGCAUGAAGAUCACUGUGUACUUUCACCACCCUGUGAAGUUCAUCAUAACUUAUUUUAUCUGUAGAGAUUCCCGUGUCGUAGUGGGAGGACCACACACCAUGUCUUUGCAUGACAACAAGUUUACUUCGAUAUGAUGGUUAUUAUAUCUAUAAUUGCACAUAAAGGCGUUUCCACCGCCAUUUCUCGUAUAAUACAUUUUACCGACACAAAAAGAUCCCACCAUGUCGAACGAACAAAUUAUCUCUCGGGCUUUAUGAAAUUGUACCGAAAUGUCCAGCUGUCUUGAUUUUUUUUAUACGAUAUGGAAACGUGGUUUAUGUUACUUCCAGACUCCCAUAAACAUAAAAUGGAUGUCCCUGGAGAGUAUCCUGUUCCGAAGAUACACUCAUCAGAGUGAUGUCUGGAGUUAUGGUAAGACAGCAUGAUCAUCAUUUUAUAAUAUGUUUGUUUGUAUGUACAGUAUGUCUGUCUGUCCGGCCGCCUGUCCAUCCCUCUGCUGUCCGUCCCAUCUGUCGGUCUGUCAUCAUUAUGCAUCACCUCUCCCCUCUCCAGGAGUGACGGUAUGGGAGAUGAUGUCAUUUGGGGCAGAGCCCUAUGCCUCCAUGCAGCCACAGGACGUGCCCAGUCUACUUGAGAAGGGAGAGCGUCUGUCCCAGCCCCACAUAUGCACCAUAGAUGUCUACAUGGUCAUGGUCAAGUGUGAGUAAUAGUAUAAAUUAAUGUACAUAUAAGGCACAUCCAACGACCAACACAACUGCCAUGGGAUAAGAGGAAAAAUACCAGCACACUUUUUAAAUUCUCCUAGUUUUAUUAGCAAGGUUUUGUCCACAAACGAUCCCCAUCAGAACAUUAAUAGUUGAAAUGUCGUUAUUAAAAUGACGUUUUUUCCUCCUUUUCCAUUGGGUGACUAACACACAACAUACCUCUCACUCUGUGCUCUUUGACACACAUAAACAAUCUUAUACUGUUACAGUAUAUGCAUAGUGCCAACCGCUGCACCCAGCAACCUUUGGACAUAAAAAAUCCUAUUGUUUUCUAUUACCAGGCUGGAUGAUUGACGAGAAUAUUCGACCAACCUUCAAAGAACUGGCCAAUGACUUUAUUCGCAUGGCAAGAGACCCGCCUCGCUACCUUGUCAUCAAGGUAAGGAAAAGAUUACAGGACUAUAUUACUUUUCUGUCUAUACACUAAGAAAGUGAUACAGCAUUUUACAGGAAGUAGGCUUGUAGUUUUUAACUUUUGUAGGCUUUUUGAAUGGUCUUUAAUGGGUAGAAACGUAGCGCAAUGGUCUUCAGCACAAAUACUUCAUAAACGGUAUCUGGCAGAAGUAAAGUAAUCCACAAACACAAGUAUAAUUUAAUUGUACAUAUACAGUGGGAUCUGGAAUUAUUGGAUUACUUGAUAAAGAGGAACAAAAAAUACUGUAUAGAAUAAAUAAUACAAAUACUGAGUUAUAUUGUAUGUUCAGAAAAAUUUGAAAAUUAUAUAAUUGUAUACUAAUAUAAUUGCUCAGAGAAAGAGAUUUGGUUUCUCAAGUAAUAAAACAAAAUCUAAAAUAGAUAGGGGUCAAAAUGAUUGUUUUCAAUACUCUAGCACCCUCCGCUUUUUCAAAAAUGUUUUAUGAGUUUGGAAAACACAUUGGGAGGGAUCUUAGACCAUUCCUCCAAGAAUCUUUCCAGAUCCUCGAAAUCCUAUGUCUGCACUUAUGCACUGGCCUCUUCAAUUCAAACCACAGGUUUUCAAUGGGGUUCAAGUCCGGAGACUGAGAUGGCCAUUGCAAAAUGUUGAUUGUGUGGUCACUGUUUGUGUGGAUUUUAUUUUAUUUUUUUAUAUUUAGAAAAUGGUGUAAUUUUGACCCCCUUUAUCAUGAUUACGAUCUUGUCUCAUUGCUGCAACUCCCCAAUGGGCUCGGGAGAGUCAUGCGUCCUCCGAAACAUGACCCGCCAAACUGCACUUCUUAACACCCGCUCACUUAACCCAGAAGCACCAAUGUGUCAGAGGAAACACUGUUCAACUGAUGAGCAAAGUCAGCCUGCAGGUGCCUGGCCUGCCACAAGGAGUCACUAGAGCACAAUGAGCCAAGUAAAGCCCGCCCGGCCAAACCCUCCCCUAACCAAUUGUGCGCCGCCCUAUGGGACUCCCGGUCACGGCCAGUUGUGACACAGCCUGGGAUUGAACCCAGGUCUGUAGUGACACCUCAAGCACUGCAAUGCAGUGCCUUAGACCGCUGCGCCACUCGGGAGGCCCCCACUUUAUCUUAGAUGACUGCAUUUGUGAUUAGGGGACUGACCCCGGAAGUAUGACAUAAUGCAGAGUCACUUUCAUAGCGUAUUCAAGUCCUUGAGUGGCCCAUUGACAGAAGUCAUUGGGCUUGUUCGACAUUGCAACCGACAGUGCAAGUGGCUGCCGACUGACUGAUCUACAAAGAAUAACUACUCAUCAUAAAUAACUACUCAUUAUUAUUUGUAGAUCAGUCAGUCACAAUUUACCCAUGAUAUAUAUUUUUCACAAUUUACGGUUUUAAUCCUCUCGAACACGGCCCUUAUUAAUGACGCUUUGCCUAUAGGACAGAGGAGAGGCAGGGCCAGAAGAAUCUCACCAACGGGAAUCAGCACUGGCCAAUUUGGAGGCAGGCCUGGAGGACCAGGAUGAGGACGGUUUGGCCACUCCUCCUCUCACCUUGUCCCCAUCCAGGACUCUGUCUCGCUUGAGGAUGAGCUCAUAUAGGGUAAAUCUUACUUACAGUAUUCUGCACACAUACAGUGGGGAGAACAAGUAUUUGAUACACUGCCGAUUUUGCAGGUUUUCCUACUUACAAAGCAUGUAGAGGUCUGUAAUUUGUAUCAUAGGUACACUUCAACUGUGAGAGACGGAAUCUAAAACAAAAAUCCAGAAAAUAACAUUGUAUGAUUUUUAAGUAAUUCAUUUGCAUUUUAUUGCAUAUAGAGCGUUGCGCCAGUAACCGACAACUUUCCUUUCUAAUUCGCAACCAGAGAUCUGUAUAUAAUGACCAGAUGGUCAUGUCUCUACCCUAACAAUGCGAGUCGUUGUCCCAAAGGCGGGAAUGCAGGCGACAAGCUUAGGUCUGCAUAUUAUGCCCAAAUAAACGCAUUGGGCUUAUUCAGGAAAUAUUUUGGCAAGAGUGAGCCCUCUCGCUUCGCCUCUUCCUCUCUGCUGAAACUAGCAAGCGAAACAGCGCUCCUCUACUGUAUGUAGCCCAUUUACCUGAUGCUGUCUGGCCAGAAAAAGUAUGACAUGCCAUACUCUUGUCCAGACAGCAUCAGAUACAUGGUCUACGUAUACGGAGACAGAGGGGGGCUGUUUCGCUUGCUCAGAUUGAUGCAUCUUUCUGUCGGCGCGCGUCUCGUUCAAAUAAAUGAUCAAUCUUUUAUUUGGACGGGAAAGGAGGUACGGUAGGGCGGGUCAGGUACCCUAGGGCCCGCCCAUAACGCCGGCCCUGCAGCAGUCAUAACCAUUUUAUAGCUCAAUGGUCAUAACAACCCUACCCCAGAUAGUCAUGACUAACAUUUACUAGAAACAUGUUAGUUCAUUGAAGAGACUGGUAUAGAGGGAUCACAUCUCCACAUAACCAGAGUGAUAUCCUACUGAACAAGCUAGAUCUACUCAGGGUUUUCUAAAGCUAACCAGCUUCAGUUAGCUUCACAUUCUAGCUCACAGGCAGGCUUCUUACAUACUAGGGUUUCAAUUCCACCACCUCCGAAAUCGUCAGACGAAGUUCCGCCCCCAUUCAUUUUUAGCGGGAGCAUGCGGAGUAAUGCGCAGGGGAUUGUGGGAAUGUGAGCUGCGCGAACUCUGCUAGCUGAGCGAUAGAAAAAGUUAAACUAUGCUCUACUUUAUGCAAAUUGCACAAGGACACGGCUUCCGUUAACCAAUCAGGUGAGGAGCAGAUGUUUGCUUGAAAAUCUUUUGUUCAUUAAACAUAGUUCUCAUUAGCUCCAGUCAAGAACAACCAAAAAAGAUGGAGGAAAGCCAAUUAUUACAGGGUCUGGUAUUCCAAUUCUAUAUGAUGUGGAUUUGCUAGAAUACAGAGACAAAAUCAUAUGGUCAAUGGCAUGGAGGAGGAUCGCAGAGAUUAUUGGUGUUGAUGGUGGGUGAAGAGAGAUUUGCACGUUUGCUUGUGCUGCUAACUAGCUAUGAAUUUACAGUGCAUUCGGAAAGUCUUCAGACCCCUUGACUUUUUCCACAUUUUGUUAUGUUACAGUCUUAUUCUAAAAUUGAUUAAAUUGUGCCUUGACACAAUCCUGUCUCGGAGCUCUACGGACAAUUCCUUCGACCUCAUGGCUUGGUUUUUGCUCUGACUUGCACUGUCAACUGUGGGACCUUAAAUAGACAGGUGUGUGCCUUUCCAAAUAAUGUCCAAUCAAGUUGUAGAAACAUCCCAAGGAUGAUCAAUGGAAACAGGAUGCACCUGAGCUGAAUUUUGAGUCUCAAAGCAAAAAUCCAGAAAAUCACAUUGUAUGAUUUUUAAGUAAUUAAUUUGAAUUUUAUUGCAUGACAUAAGUAUUUGAUACAUCAGAAAAGCAGAACUUAAUAUUUGGUACAGAAACCUUUGUUUGCAAUUACAGAGAUCAUACGUUUCAUGUAGUUCUUGACCAGGUUUGUACACACUACAGCAGGGAUUUUGGCCCAAUCCUCCAUACAGACCUUCUCCAGAUCCUUCAGGUUUCGGGGCUGUCGCUGGGAAAUACGGACUUUGAGCUCCCUCCAAAGAUUUUCCAUUGGGUUCAGGUCUGGAGACUGGCUAGGCCAUUCCAGGACCUUGAGAUGCUUCUUACGGAGCCACUCCUUAGUUGCCCUGGCUGUGUGUUUCGGGUCGUUGUCUUGCUGGAAGACCCAGCCACGACCCAUCUUCAAUGCUCUUACUGAGGGAAGGAGGUUGUUGGCCAAGAUCUUGCGAUACAUGGCCCCAUCCAUCCUCCCCUCAAUACGGUGCAGUCAUCCUGUCCCCUUUGCAGAAACGCAUCCCCAAAGAAUGAUGUUUCCACCUCCAUGUUUCAUGGUUGGGAUGGUGUUCUUGGGGUUGGACUCAUCCUUCCUCUUCCUCCAAACACGGCGAGUGGAGUUUAGACCAAAAAGCUAUAUUUUUGUCUCAUCAGACCACAUGACCUUCUCCCAUUCCUCCUCUGGAUCAUCCAGAUGGUCAUUGGCAAACUUCAGACGGGCCUGGACAUGCGCUGGCUUGAGCAGGGGGACCUUGCGUGCGCUGCAGGAUUUUAAUCCAUGACGGCGUAGUGUGUUACUAAUGGUUUUCUUUGAGACUGUGGUCCCAGCUCUCUUCAGGUCAUUGACCAGGUCCUGCCGUGUAGUUCUGGGCUGAUCCCUCACCUUCCUCAUGAUCAUUGAUGCCCCACGAGGUGAGAUCUUGCAUGGAGCCCCAGACCGAGGGUGAUUGACCGUCAUCUUGAACUUCUUCCAUUUUCUAAUAAUUUCGCCAACAGUUGUUGCCUUCUCACCAAGCUGCUUGCCUAUUGUCCUGUAGCCCAUUCCAGCCUUGUGCAGGUCUACAAUUUAAGCCCUGAUGUCCUUACACAGCUCUCUGGUCUUGGCCAUUGUGGAGAGGUUGGAGUCUGUUUGAUUGAGUGUGUGGACAGGUGUCUUUUAUACAGGUAACGAGUUCAAACAGGGGCGGCAGGUAGCUUAGUGGGUAAGAGCGUUGUGCCAGUAACCGAAAGGUCGCUGGUUCUAAUCCCCGAGCCGACUAGGUGAAAAAUCUGUCGAUGUGCCCUUAAGCAAGGCACUUAACCCUAAUUGCUCCUGUAAGUCGCUCUGGAUAAGAGCGUCUGCUAAAUGACUAAAAUGUAAAUGUAAAUGUAAUGAGUGAAGAACAGGAGGGCUUCUUAAAGAAAAACUAACAGGUCUGUGAGAGCCGGAAUUCUUACUGGUUGGUAGGUGAUCAAAUACUUAUGUCAUGCAAUAAAAUGCAAAUGAUAUAUUAAAAAAUUAUACACUGUGAUUUUCUGGAUUUUUGUUUUAGAUUCCGUCUCUCACAGUUGAAGUGUACCUAUGAUAAAAAUUACAGACCUCUACAUGCUUUGUAAGUAGGAAAACCUGCAAAAUCGGCAGUGUAUCAAAUACUUGUUCUCCCCACUGUAAAUUGAAUUUCUGCACUUAUCACUCAUUGACAUCUAUUGAGUUACGCACUCAAAUUUCUAGUUAUAAAAUGACAGUGGGAACUUCAACCACUCUCUCUCUCUCUUUGACCUCUCAGAGUUCCAGUGUGACCUCUCAGGCCGGACCAGUAGGGUACCUACCCAUGACCCCCGGCCCUGGAGAUAACCCCUGUCAGGUGAGACACCACAACACAUCACACAUCACAGAUAAGGAGGACUUGAUAUUAGCGCCUUCAUUUCCCCCUUCGAAUAGCCAGACACCACUGGCCCUAACACAUCAGAUCUUCAGUACAAGAGGACUUGGCCUUAUAAUACAGCCAGACAUAUUUAGUUGAGAGCAAUGAAUAGUUUGACUCCCCUUUGCCAAAUCGCUUAGUUUAAAUCAGUAUUAUGGCUAAACAUUGCCAAAAGGAAACAACUGCUCUAGCAAGUUCAGACACAUUAAAAAUAUUAUUUUGGAUUCAUCUCUAUCCCACUGCCAGUUCCAUUUGGUGGUGAUAUUUAUGAAGAUAAUAAGGCUACCUCUCUUGUUGUUGAUGAUGAUGAUGAUGAUGCUGAUUUUAUGUAAUGUUUUCCUCAAACUCAAAUCUCUUUCCAUUGUGUGAAAUUCUUCCAGCUGUUCUCCCAGCGGUCUCGACUGAACUCAGCUCGAACGCUGUCGGAGGGGUCAGAGGGCAGUGGCCUGGACAAUGAGCUGGCAGAGGGAGUGUCACUGAGUGGCAGCCUGCGCAGGCAGCAGCUCAGGGCUGGCAGGGACAGUAGUGGCAGUAGUACCCACCACACCUCCACCACCAUGGUGCAUAGGAGCCCAUCUGCAGUCUCGAAGUCACCCUCCUACAGGCCUGAGGAGGAGGAGGAGGAGGACCACUAUGGAUAUGUACUGCCUGGAGUGUCAGGCACUCCUGAGAGAGGUGAGAGGGAGAGGUGACCCCUGGAUGUGAAGGCUACACAGCAAAUGGAUGUGAUAUUUUUUUAAUCUGUUUUGAUGGCGUUAUAGAAUUCUAUGUUCUAUUCUCUAAUAUCUGUUUCCUCCUUUCCAUGGUAGAUUAUCUUCUGUCUUGCCCAGCCUCCAGAACUUCUCACCCAGGUAGAGCAUCUCUCAGGGGCUCUAGGAGCUCCAAGAAUCCACUGUCACCAUUGGCAACCAUCUCAGACCCCACUGAGGACUAUGAGCUGAUGACCAAACAGCCGUCCCCUCUGCCCCGCUCCCCCAGAGCCACCUCUGUACAGAUAGAAGGGCCUUCAACUGUCAUAUGGAGGAAAACCUCUCCUCUGCCCUCCCCUACCUACAAUACAGCACCCUCACCACUAGAGGGGGACUCACUGAUGCAUGGGGACUCUCCAAGCACUGCAGCUGCUCUGAGGGGAAGCCAGGGGUCAGCAGAGGUCACUGACAGUUCUGUGGCUGUAGUUGUAUCAGUAGAGGGAGAGGAGCUGCAUCCGCUGUCUGAGAGGCCUGACAGUGGAGCUGCUUUGUUUGACAACCGAGGGGCCUCUCAGGGUCAGAGGAGGCCAGAGCAGGGGGCAGUAGUGGAGUAUGAACACAUGGACAUGUGCAGCACCACGAACACCACAGACACAGAGAGACCCAUCUGGGAGAGGCGGGAGAGCCAAGCAGCUGACUUGAGGAGCACAGAGGCAGAAGAACGAGAGAGAAAAGAAGGAAAGAGUCAGGACCUAGAGGAGGAAAGGAAGGAUGAGGAAGCUGGCGAGGAGGAUGAUGUUUACCAAUAUACUAAUGAACAACCCAGACUCCUCCGAGAGAGCAGCGGAGAGGUGGGGCCCAGCCCCAGCCCCAAGCCCAGCCUACGCCCCAAACCCAGCCUCCUCCCCAAGCCCAGCCUCAGCCCCAGCCCCAAGCCCAGCCUCCUCCCCAAGCCCAGUCUUAUCCCCAGACCUAACCCUAGGCCAGAUGGCUCCACAGCUAUGGCAGAGAGCCAGGUGGAGGUGGAGGAGUAUGAGGAGAUGGAUGCCUUUGGAGGGGACUCGAGGGGCUCCCAGCGAGUGGACCACCAGGAGGCAGAGUACCAGAACCUCCCAGUCCCAGGGAAUGGGAGGACCACUUCAGCUGAGGUGGAGGGGGGUACGGGCACCAGGUGUGCCGGGCUGGGGGUGAAGGGGUACAUCAAAGUGUGCUCCAGUGUGGGAGUGGUAGAGCCGAGCAGCAACACAUCGUUUGACAACCCUGACUACUGGCACAGCAGACUGUUCCUCAAGCCAGAUGCUGUGCGCACA